GACUCACUUUCUCUCUUCACCAGCGUUAUGUUGUUAUCCUGUUUCACGACAUCAGUUCUUACACAGUAGAAGUACACAACGAACCAGUAUCGCAGAGUAAAAAAACUGAUAACCAACCGCGACAAGAACCGCACUGAUAUUAAAGGAACCCUGUCGAAGAUAAGGAAGUUAUUCAUUCAGUAAUUUCAAAUUCGAUGACCACGGCCUCCCGGACCGCCGCCGCAGACCGCAGCCUGGCCCAAAACCUGAAAGCAAAUAUGACCGUUCCCCCGGCGUUUCCGUUCACGAAGGAGGUGUUGAUAGACUUCCUAUCCACCACCUCAACCGCGGUAGAAACACUGAAACUCGCUGAAGAGCAAAAAUGGGACCACAACAGCGUCGUUGGGGCGGUGAAGAGUCUCCAAGCGACAGGAGCGAUCACGGCGGAGGCAAAACAACGUAAGAUUUUUCAUAUCGCGUGGGGGGCUGUUUCAUGAUCAUGGUUCAUUUUUCGACGUCAUGUGUAUCAAUUGUGCAUUUCUUUGUUCAUGAAAGAGCUCAGGAGCAUCAGCAUGAUAAUGUUUACAUGUUAUGGUCAACAUCAACCCCAGAUUCCGGGUGGCGGUGCACGGAAGAGGGCGAGAGGUGCGUGGCACAAGGGUCCCCCGAAAUCCGAGUGGUCGCUGACGUGAAGAAGCACCCAAGCACCACGCAGGAUGAGAUCACGAGCCGGCUGGGAAAGGACGUCGUGGCGGUCGGUUUCGGCCAGGCAAUGAAGAACAAGUGGAUUGAACAGGUGAGAAAUUGUUUCUAUAUGAAGAUCAUCGAGGUCAAGAUCGAUGUUGACAGUGGAAAAAAUCUUCAUCAAUAUUAGUGCACACGCAUUGAUCAGAUUCAUGUUGAUGAAAGUUGAUCUAUCAAAAUCCAUACCCCCCAAAAAAAAACGCAAAAAAAAAACAGAACAACCAGCAGCCGAAGAAGGAGCUCGCACCUGGAGAAAAGAAGGAGAAGGGUCCACCACCCACCUUUGUAGUAACAGCGAAGGGCGAGGCGCCGGUGGACGAGACGGCACAAUUACUCUCGCAGGUCCAGUCCGGCGCACUCACAGACGAAAAGACGCUGCAAGCGCUGAAGAAGAGAAAACUAAUUGCGGUAUCUAUUGCUUUUCUACAUCCACGAUUUAUUGUACUAGUCAUGAUGCGCUAAUCGGAAGAAAGAGGAAUAAGAGCGUCAAUGUGACUGAGCAGCUGCAAAUCAAUGCGAUGCAAAAUAAGUACUUACAGCUGCUCGGAGCUGCUGGCGCCAGAAACUUGAAAGAGCAGAUGUGAAAUAAGUGAUUCUUCCACCUAAUUAUCUUCAGAUGCAAUCCUUGACGGGGUACCUGAUUACCAAGGACGCCGCUUUCGACAGCAAGGCCCGCGCGCAAAAAGGCAUCGCGGAGCUGACCGAGGCACAGAUCGCCUCGGGGGAGUGGAAGACCGCGAACUACAAGCCCCUCAACUUCCAGGCGCAGGGCGCCCAGCUCCCCGCGGGCCAGCUGCACCCCUUGCUGAAGGUGCGGGAGCACUACCGACGGACCUUCUUCCAGAUGGGCUUUCAGGAGAUGAAAACCAACCGCUUCGUCGAGUCUUCGUUCUGGAACUUUGACACGCUGUUCCAGCCGCAGCAGCACCCGGCCCGAGACGCGCACGACACCUUCUUCUGCGAGUCCCCGGAAGCGGCGAACGAGCACUUGAUCCCAAAAGACUACCUGGAGGACGUCAAAACGAUGCACGAAAAAGGAGGUAUAUAGAUACUGAUUCACUGAUAUGGUGCGGUCCUCUUGUGUUAGACGCUUGAAUUUUGGAAUUUGCAUAAUGGGAAAAACUUUUUUUAUGCGACAUCAUGAACACAAAAUCUAAAUCUAUCUCAAAACCCAGGCCACGGCUCCAUCGGGUGGCGGUACACGUGGAGCAAGGAGGAAUAUCAAAUGUAAAAAUGUCUGGGUCUGGAAGAUUGCCAGGUUUGUCAUGCACGGUUUGCAUGACGUGUGAGGUCUGUGAUGCAGGCCCUAGCAUCACAGAUUCUGUGAGAUCUUUACCAUGCCUUUUCCGCAUGAGAAACUGCCUCUCGGCCUUCUCAAAAGUGAACAGCUUUAUUGGUAAUCAUGCAACACAGAUUUUUGUAUGAUUCAGAUUUGGCAUGACAAGUUGUACUCUUCCAGACCCAGACAUUUUUGCAUUUCAUAAGGAAGCCCUCACCACCAUCCUCCGAACGCACACCACCGCCUGCACGUCCCGCGUCCUGUACGACCACGCGCAGAAGUGCAAGAGGAACGGCAAGUGGAAGCCGUUGAAGUGCUUUUCCGUCGACCGGGUCUUCCGCAACGAGACGCUGGAUGCGACCCAUUUGGCGGAGUUUCACCAGGCGGAGGGGUUCGUGGCGGACAAAAACCUUACGCUCGGGCAUUUGAUCGGCUUGUUCAAGGAGUUCUUCAGCCACAUCAACAUAAAAAACCUGAAGUUCAAACCCGCCUACAACCCCUACACGGAACCAAGUACUUACUUACCUGCUGCUGUGUUGGUUUCUUUGUUUGUAUAAUGCAGUUGGUCAUAAUUGGUACUGAAACCAUAGACGAAGUACACGCAUGAAAAGAAGUUUUAAAAUCACGAUAGCGGCAUUCACAAAAAUCAUGAUGAAAAAUAUUAAACUGCCGCUUCCACCCAGGUAUGGAGAUCUUCGGGUACCACCCCGGUCUGAAGAAAACCAUCGAGAUCGGGAAUUCCGGUGUGUUCCGACCGGAGAUGCUGCGACCCAUGGGGCUGCCGGAAGACGUCCGCGUGAUCGCCUGGGGCCUGUCGCUCGAGCGGCCGACCAUGAUCCUGUACGGGAUUAAAAACAUCCGGGACUUGGUCGGGGAGAAGAUCGACGUGAACACCCUGCGACAAAACCCCGUCUGCUGGUUCCCAGAGCCGGAAGAAGCAGAGGACGGGAACAAUAAAUCCACCACACCAAACGGAACGACGGAGCAGAACAAUCGGGUGUGAUGAGGACGACGUCAUGAUGGUGUCCCCUUGAACUUCUGCGCAGCGGAGGUUCAAGAACCACGACCAAUUUUCAUGUUCCUGAAGAAAGGCAGGAAUCCGUGAGGGGAUAAUUGCUGCUUCGAAAAAACCUGUGAAGAUGUCUUGACGCCCGAAGUAAGUAAAACAGAUUAUGUGAGAGUUCCACAUUUGGAAUAGUGCGCGCGCUGAUUGAGUACAGCGGAUUGGAAUUAUGCUCGUGCUCGUCGCACCUUGGC